UCCAACUUUCCACACGUCACUCGAGAGCCGACCAACAAGUUCAACGAUCAACGACAGUGAAAUUUCGUUUAGUGAUAGUGUUGUGACUUAAUAGUGAAAAUGCAAAUUCCAAAUGAAUAUGUGUCCACUGCGGAAGAUGUGGCAGAUCAGGUUAUACGUAAGGGCAAGAAUGUGUUACCAACAGUUGCACGACUAUGUCUCAUAUCCACAUUCCUGGAGGACGGCCUCCGGAUGUGGUUCCAGUGGUCAGAGCAGAGAGAUUACAUGGACAUCUCAUGGGGUUGCGGCAAGUUCCUUGCAACCAUGUUUGUUAUAGUAAAUUUAGUAGGUCAGCUUGGAGGAUGCGUGAUGGUACUCGGCAGGCUGAAGGUUGACAUCGCUUGUGGCAUAUUGUUCUUCAUUGUCGUACUGCAGACAUUCGCAUACAGUAUACUGUGGGACAUGCAGUUCCUUCUACGUAACCUGGCACUGAUCGGAGCCCUACUGCUGGUGCUGGCGGAGGCGCGCGCGGAGGGGCGCAGCCUGUUUGCGGGCGUCCCUAGCCUCGGCGAGAACAAGCCUAAGACGUACUUACAACUCGCCGGACGCAUACUACUCGCCUUCAUGUUCAUCACCUUACUUAGGUUCGAGGUGUCCUUCUUGCAGAUAAUCCAAGACUUGCUGGGCAGCAUCCUGAUGAUCCUGGUGACAGUGGGGUACCGCACAAAACUGUCUGCACUGAUGCUAGUGCUGGUACUCACCGUGCUCAACUUGUACCACAACGCGUGGUGGGCGGUACCUUCCUACAAGCCACUCAGAGAUUUCCUCAAAUAUGACUUCUUCCAGACUCUAUCAGUUAUCGGAGGUCUCCUGAUGAUAGUGUAUUUGGGGCCAGGUGGUGUCAGUAUGGAUGAACAUAAGAAAAAGUGGUAGAUUUGUACACUACAGGAGCUCAGUGCAAUAACUUUUGAUAUAAUAUAUAAGGUUGUUAUUUGGUGCCGUGGCUCUACUGAUGAUGAUUCUCUGGUGUUGUGUAAAUACGAGAAAUAUACAGCAGUUUGUUGUACGACUGCUUCAUAUAUAUUUGAAUAAAUUAUAUAUAUUGAUUGCACUAUUGUAAUGUAAGCACAAUGUUUCCUUUGAUUUA